GUCUGCCCAAUGUCAUACUGUUCUAUUCAACAUCAUCUCUCUCCCUUUCUUCUUCUUCUUCUUCUUCUACAAUCCGUCUUCAUCGCCUCAGUUUCUUUCUCUGUUCUCUGUUAAUGGUUCGGUGGAGAUAAUUGUUGCAGGUUUUCCGUCUGGAUCACAAUUACACGUCUCCUGUUCCAGAAGAACGAAUCACUAGGGGCAUUUGAAGCAUCAAUGACGGUUUGGUGAUGUCCGUUGGUUUACUCUUAUCCAAAUUGAUGAAUUUCUCCUUUGAAAUCUUCGAUCUGAGUAUAUGGGUUUUGGGUCCUAUUGUAAAUAGACCGAACGAACGAACGCACGUCCACCCUCUUGCGUAGCUUCUACAAUUUUUUUAGGGAUUCCUCUCUUUUCUCUUCAUCUUCUGUUUGGGAAUUGCAAAUAUUGAUCUGGGUUUUUCGCUGAUUGAUUGAUUCAUGGAUCUGUAGUUUGAUUGAUUGAUAUUUCUUAGGAGAAAGGAUGUAUGCUGUGGGGAGGAUCGGCAGCUAUAUAUCCCGUGGAGUUUAUACAGUUUCCGGCCCUUUUCAUCCGUUUGGUGGUGCUGUAGAUAUAAUCGUUAUUCAACAGAAAGAUGGGAGCUUUAAAUCAUCACCAUGGUAUGUUCGGUUUGGGAAAUUUCAAGGCGUUUUGAAGGCGAGAGAGAAGGUUGUCAAAAUUAAUGUAAAUGGUGUUGAUAAAGAUUUCCAUAUGCAUUUGGAUCAUAAAGGAGAAGCUUACUUCAUGCGAGAGGUUGAAUCAGAUGAGUUAGAUUCUGUAUCGUUUAUUUCCUCUUCUGGAGAUGAUACUGAUUGUCAGUCUCCAGAUAUCAGGAGACCUAUGAAGUCAAAAAGUUGUAACUUCGAUGCUGUUACUCAGGUUGAUGUUAGCAAUGGAAAGAUUUUGUCUAGAACGAAUUCUCGUCGCUCUCGAAUUCUUGGUUUUGUUUUGGGAAGAAGGUCUAUGAAAGGGGAAAGACCUCCACGUCCACUUGAUGACGAUGAUCGUUCUUCAGGGGUUGUAAGAACUGAGUCAUGGGAUCGAGCUGAGAUUGCAGCUGAUCUCUUAGAGGUCAGAUGGUCUACUAAUAUCGGUCCUCCUAAACAUAGGAAAGACGAUCCUUCUAGAUUAUCUGCUUCUGAUGAGUCGGCUUUGGAGAAAGAUAAUGAUGAGAAGAUGAGCGACGUCUCUCCUUUCGCCUUUAAAAAGAUGUCAACUUCCGAUGAGCAAUCUGGUAUAGAGAUGCGUUCUUUAAGUUCUGAAUCUGUCAAUGAAAUUGAUCAAAACCCGAUAAUUUCUUGCAGUUAUGAAGAAAUGAAUAUCCAUAAAAGAGAUGAUGAAUCCGCCCCUAGCAUUGUGGCCGAAACCUAUACUCAGGUUGUGACUGUUGAUCCAUUAGAUGGUUCUGUAAAAGAAAUUGAAGCGCACAGAAUAUGUGCCAUAUCCGAUGAUCUCAAUAAUUCAAGUAGUGUUUCAGACGAUUCAGAAGAUUCAGAGGAAGAGCAACCACAAUUAGUUUUUGGUGAUGUUGAUGAUUUAACCGACUGUGAGGUGAAGAAGAACACAGAGUCGUCAGUUUCAACUACAUCCUGCGCAGAUUAUGACGAAAGCAAUUGUGAUAAUAAUACAAUGGUUGGUUGCAGUAGAAUUGACUUUCCUGGAAGUGGCAAACUUGCAGUUGGUGAAAGGAGGAUAGCCGAAUCUUUGCCUAAUAUUCAGUAUAUUCAACAGAAAAAACAUGUUUUAGGCUGUUCUCUUGAUUCAAAUGCUGGACCCCAAAUCUGGAAAGAACUCAAGGAAGAUGUUAUGGAUAAUGUUGAAGCUGAUAACAUCAAACAGCUUCAUGUUGGGUUAGCUGCGAAUGCAGAAUUUCCAGAUGAGAAUCAGAAUGUGCAAUUUAACCCUAAAGUUGGUGAUGGUAAUGGCAAUUCAACGAAACCUAUUGAUUCAACGGGUGGAAACUGGAGAGGUUGGCCUUUUCCAUUCAGAAGAGUAAAUAAUGGGAAGACUUCCGAGUCAGUUCAGAGUCUUUCUGAAGUUUCUAAUGGUGAGGAAUCAGUGGAAAGCUCGAGUAAUGUGGAUGGGGGUAAAGAUUCAUCCAAGUUAUUGAAGGAAAAGAUGAAGAAGAAUAAUAAGAAGAAGAAUAAGAAGCAGAAGAAAAUGAAGGAACUCACUCCUACUUCUGAACAGUUAGUGUCUUUGAAUCUAAAAGAAGGUUCAAAUACUGUAACCUUCACAUUCUCAACUUCUAUGUUGGGACCACAGCAGGUCCAGGCCAGAAUUUAUUUGUGGAAAUGGGACACUCGAAUAGUAAUAUCAGAUGUUGAUGGAACUAUCACCAAAUCUGAUGUUUUGGGACAAUUCAUGCCUUUGGUUGGAAUAGAUUGGUCGCAGACUGGCGUUACUCAUCUGUUUUCAGCUAUUAAGGAAAAUGGAUAUCAACUGCUUUUUCUUAGUGCGCGUGCAAUCUCUCAGGCACAUAUCACCAAACAAUUCUUGCUUAAUCUCAAACAGGAUGGGAAGGCUUUACCUGAAGGCCCUGUUAUUAUUUCACCAGAUGGACUUUUCCCUUCUCUAUUUCGAGAAGUUAUUAGAAGAGCUCCUCAUGAGUUCAAAAUUGCUUGCUUAGAGGAUAUCAAGGCAUUGUUUCCACCUGACCAUAACCCAUUCUACGCUGGAUUUGGCAAUAGAGAUACAGAUGAAAUUAGUUACUUAAAGGUUGGAAUACCGAUAGGAAAGAUCUUCAUCAUUAAUCCCAAGGGUGAAGUAGUUGUUAACAGGCAAGUUGACACAAAAUCAUACACCUCCAUUCAUGUACUUGUUCAUGACAUGUUUCCGCCACCAUCAUCUUUACCAGAACAGGAGGAUUUCAAUUCAUGGAAUUUUUGGAAACUUCCUCCUCCUGUCAUUCGUUAAGAAUGGCAGUUGGAGAAACUCGAUUUCGUGUCUUAUUUCGCUUCUCAUUCAGGUUUAAUUUUUUCAGAAUUCCGAAUAUUUUAGUGGAACAAUCAGCUUGAUCUAUAUCUUAUAGAUUCAACUUGAAGAAGAUUUAUCCAACAAUUACAAAAUCAGGUAGAAACCUAUUCUUAACAGGUUCUCAAAUUUUGUAUGAAAAAAAACAUCCAUAAUGCCUUUGAGCAAAUGUAUUAGUAGAAUGUUCUUUAUCUUCGAAAUACUGUACAUAUUUAUUAUUUCUUUUAUUAUCAUUAAAGCGAGUGUUAUUUUU